UAACGGUACUUCACCAGCAGCAAUACAUCAUGGACUCCACCAAUUACCCCGCCUUGUUCAACGGCCAUCCAAGUCUACAAAAGACUCAAACCCUCCCUCUUGUCUCUAUACCUUACCAUUGUCCAUCAUCUAUUUAUCUGUCUAUCCAAUAUAUACUGCUGACAUUUAUUACCUUGAACUCCAAAAAAAAUAAGACAGAAAAAUAGACAAUCCUUCAUCAUGCCUCUAUCCGUCCAAUUAAAGACACCAGUCACGGGUGAAUACACCCAACCUACUGGUUUAUGGAUCAACAACGAGUGGGUAGAAGGUGUUGAUAAGAAGACCUUCGAGGUCAUUAACCCCGCCACCGAAGAAGUUCUCUGCUCCGUUUCCGAAGCCACAGAAAAGGAUGUCGACAUAGCAGUAGCCGCAGCCCGCAAAGCCUUCAACGGCGCAUGGCGAACCACCACCCCUCAUCAGCGAGGUAAAUAUAUGACUAAGCUGGCCGAUAUUCUAGAGCAGAACAUCGAUCUAUUAGCUGCUGUCGAAUCUCUCGACAAUGGCAAGUCUAUUAGCAUGGCCAGAGGUGAUGUCCACGCCGUCAUAGGCUGCAUCCGAUACUAUGGUGGCUGGGCCGAUAAGAUUGAGGGUAAAACUAUUGAUGUUGACCACGAAUCUUUCCACUACACCCGACCAGAGCCGAUUGGUGUCUGUGGUCAAAUUAUUCCCUGGAACUUCCCUCUGUUGAUGUUGUCUUGGAAGAUCGGACCUGCUCUAGCCACCGGAAACACGGUUGUGCUAAAGUCUGCUGAGCAAACACCACUUUCUGCUUUGGUUUUCGCCAACUUCGUUAAGGAGGCAGGAUUCCCCCCUGGUGUUCUCAACAUCAUCUCCGGCUUUGGCCGAGUAGCUGGUGCUGCCAUCUCCGCCCACAUGGACGUUGACAAGGUUGCUUUCACUGGCUCUACCCCCGUUGGUCGUGCCAUCAUGAAGGCCGCCGCUUCUUCCAACUUGAAGAAGGUUACCCUAGAACUUGGAGGCAAGUCUCCCAAUAUCGUUUUCGACGAUGCCGAUAUUGAGCAGGCUAUCUCUUGGGUCAACUUUGGUAUCUACUUCAACCACGGUCAGUGCUGCUGUGCUGGUUCGCGUGUCUACGUACAAGAAGGUAUCUACGAUAAGUUUAUCGCAGCCUUCAAGAAGCGCGCAGAGCAAAACAGCGUCGGUGACCCCUUUGAUGAGAACACCUUCCAAGGUCCCCAGGUCAGCAAGCUACAAUAUGACCGAAUUAUGGGAUAUAUUGAGGCUGGUAAGAAGGAGGGCGCCACCAUCGAGACUGGUGGUGAGCGACAUGGUGACAAGGGCUACUUCAUCAAGCCUACCAUCUUCACCAACGUCACAGCCGACAUGAAGAUCAUGCGGGAAGAGAUUUUCGGCCCUGUCGUGGCUGUAGCUAAGUUCAAGACAGAGGAAGAAGUUAUACAUUUGGGCAACGACAGCUCUUACGGAUUAGCUGCUGCUGUUCACACCAAGAACAUCAACACGGCUCUCCGAGUUAGCAAUGAGCUACGCGCCGGUACCGUCUGGGUCAACUGUUAUAACCUAAUUAACUUCCAAGUGGCAUUUGGUGGCUACAAGGAAAGCGGUAUUGGCCGCGAGCUUGGCGAGGCUGCUUUGGCCAACUAUACGCAAAACAAGUCGGUGUCGAUCCGUCUGGGAGGCGCGCUUUUCUAAAGAGAAAGCCAAGACAAAUAAGUAAAUGCAUAAAGUGUUGCUCAUUGACAUUUCUUUGAGCUUUGGUGUUUAGGUCAACUGGACGAAUCUGGAAUGGAUUAUUCUCGGAAUGAUGGGGACAGCCCCUGUGUACGUGUACAUCAACCUAGCUUAUUUCAUGAAAUACCUGCAAUCAAUCAAGCGUCUUAUAUUAGU